AUGGCAUCUCAAAAGCAGGGCAAGAUGCAAGGCUACAUCAACUACCGAAUGCGCGCAACCAUGACCGAUGGCAGACAACUCGUGGGCCAGAUGCUGGCAUUUGAUAAGCACAUGAACUUGGUCCUCUCCGAAUGCGAAGAAUUCCGAAAGGUGAAGCGCAAGACCAAGCAGGGAGGAGCACCAGGCGCACAGUCGGGCGCACAGGUCAUCGAGACGGAGGAGAAGCGCAUGUUGGGUCUGGCAAUCGUUCGAGGCGCGACAAUCGUAUCUUGCGCGGUCGAUGGACCACCACCAGCAGAUCCCGCAGCACGACUAGGACAGAGCGCUCCAGGUGGGGCUCCAGCAGCUGUGGCAGCAGGUCCAGGAAUCGCGAAGCCUGCAGGACGAGGUGCAGGUAUCGGACUGCAGGGACCAGCCGCAGGUGUUGGCGGACCAGGCUUCCCAGGCGCAGGAUUCCCAGGCGCACCACCGGCCGGUUUCCCAGGACGAGGUGGUCCUCCUGCCGGUUUCCCUCCAGCUGGCUUUCCACCCGGCGGCGGUCCUCCAGGUUUCGGUGGUCCACCACCUGGUUUCCAGCCUCCUGGUGGUCGUGGUUUUGGUGCUCCACCAGGCGGAUUCCCCGGUCGGUAG